AUGACUGCAUGGAAGGUGCUGACCGCCAGGGCACCAGGGCAGGAAGAGCGGCCCCAGCUGCGGACAGGGAGAGGCCUGGAGUGGGGAGACAGAACCUGCCUUCAAGGUUUCGAGGCCUGGCCCUGCUCACUGGAUCUGAGAAGUGCCAGACUGAAGGCACCCAGCUGCAGAAGGAUCUCCGGACCUACCUGGCCUCCGUCAAAGAACAAUGAUGUGCUGUGGAUGGAUUACCACCAGAAGCUGGUGGACCAGACGCUGCUGACCAUGGACACGUACCUGGGCCAGUUCCUUGACAUCAAGGCACGCAUCGCCAAGCAGGGGCGCAAGCUGGUGGACUACGACAGUGCCCGGCACCACUACGAGUCUCUGCAAACCGCCAAAAAGAAGGAUGAAGCCAAAAUUGCCAAGGCUGAGGAGGAGCUCAUCAAAGCCCAGAAGGUGUUUGAGGAGAUGAAUGUGGAUCUGCAGGAGGAGCUGCCGUCCCUGUGGAACAGCCGUGCAGGUUUCUAUGUCAACACGUUCCAAAGCAUCGUGGGCCUGGAGGAGAACUUCCACAAGGAGAUGAGCAAGCUCAACCAUAACUCAACGACGUGCUGGUCAGCCUGGAGAAACAGCACGGGAGCAAUACCUUCACGGUCAAGGCCCAGCCCAGUGACAACCCGCCUGCAAAAGGGAACAAGAGCCCUUCGCCUCCAGAUGGCUCCCCUGCCGCCACCCCUGAAAUCAGAGUUAACCAGGAACCAGAACCAGCCGGCGGGCCCAUGACUGGGGCAGCCCUCCCCAAGUCCCCGUCUCAGCUCUGGAAGGGCCCACCAGUCCCUCCGCCUCCCAAACACACCCCAUUCAAGGAAGUCAAGCAGGAGCAGAUCCUCAGCCUGUUUGAGGACACGACUGUCCCUGAGAUCAGCGUGACCACCCCCUCCCAGGCAGGCACUGAGUUACUAAGAAGAUCAAAAUGCCCCCCUCAGUGGACUCGGACUACUAGAAGAGAGAGGAUGGAGGGGGCAGGGCUGAGAAACUCCCUAUUGGGUUCUAUGCGUACCACCUGGGUGAUGGGAUCAACCAUACUCUAAACCUCAGCAUCACGUAAUACACACAGGGCCGGCGGCAGCCACGGGUCCGACUUGCUUGAGGCCGGGCCCUGGGCGCUCCAUCUUGUGCUCCAGGAGGAUGUGAUUCUGUGGCGGCAGCCCCACGCAGGCCCUGAGGAUGUUCUCGAUGCAGCUGCGCUGGCGG